AUGUCGCAGGUGCUGUUCGUAUCGACAGCGUCGACAGAUUUCCUGGGGCAGCACAGCAGCGCCUUCUUCACCAAGACGGUGGUCAACGCCCAGCAGCUGCUCCUCCAGGUGCUUGCGCUCAUGGCCCCCUUCCAUGACGACGGCGCCUCCACCUCCGCACCCGCCGCGCCCCACGCCUCCCACAAAAGAUUGCCCGGGGUGUGUGCGAUGGAGCUGGCGCGCGUGUGCGUGGAGCUGGAAUCGUGGGGUGUCGCCCACAUCCAAGGCAUCGUGCAGCAGCUCUCGGCUUUGGUUGCCCACCACCACCACCAUCACCAGCAGCACCAGCACCAGCACCAGCACCAGCACCAGCAGCUCCAUAGCGAGACCCCGCAGUUCGCCGUGGCCGAUCUCCAGAAGCGACUGGCGCACGUUUCACGCAAGCUCCUCGCCCACUACGUCAAGUGUCAGGGGGACAAGCUGUCGCAGAUGGGCAUGGAGAUGCUGGUGGACGAGGUGCGACAGAUGGCCGCCGAGGUGGGGCAGGUGUUCGACCAGACCGCCCCGACCGAGCUCUCCUCGAGCGACCUACGGGCCUCCCACAGUCGUGACGCGCGGGUGCGUGCGUCGCGGUUCGAGCUCAACAUCGGGAACCUGUUCGAGAAGAAGGUGCAGAUCUUCGGCGCGGUCGCGGGUGACCGGGAUUCGAUCAUGCUGGGCAUCCUCAAGAUCUGCCUCAAGUCGCUGCAGGAGUGCGUUCGCCUGCGGACCUUCUCCCGCAACGGCUACCAGCAGAUCCAGCUCGACCUCUACUUCCUCGCCCACUCCCUGCGGCCCCUCGCCGCCAAGGACCAGCCGUUGUUCAACCGCCUGUUGGACGAGAUACUGAGCAGUGCCGGGGAGCGCUGCGUCGAAGCCCAGCCGGCCAUGGAACUGAGCGCCAUUGAGAGCAUCUGCCAACGCAAGCUCCAUUCUGUUCUGAAAGUGUAA